ACUUAUCAUUAAAAUAGGUCCCACACACUUCGUGCGUGUGCCAACUCCGAAAAAAUCCGUUGUGGAAGCGCAUGAAUCGUUGGAAUACGUGUGUGAAGCGGUCUGUGAUCCUCGACUUACAGUUGAGUAUACAUGGACGCAUGACGGAGUACCAAUCAAUGAAUCCGUCCAUUUCAAGUGAUAGUUUCUGUAUUAAUCUUAAACAACUUUGAAG